AUGGAUGGACUGCGUUUACCUCCACUCAUCGAGGAGGCUUUGGACUCUACAGGUCUGUGCAGCUGUGUGUUCGUCGUCGCUGUGUGUUUAUGUGCAGUUGGAUGCAGUGAGGCUAUUUUUAGCUCCUGCACUACAGAUCAGAUGUGAUCAGGCAAAAAAAAAAAAAAGGUAGAGGAGGGUCGAUGUUUGUCUCUGCUAAGACAGAGUGUUUACUCAUAGCAUGAGGGGUGGGAUGGUGAACUGGGUGGGCGGAGGAGAUAAGAGAGAAGUGGUCAGGUGGUAGGAAGGUGGGGAGAUUAUUGUGGAAGCCUGUCUUUAUUAGGAGCUGUGGUCGAGCUGACAGACUGGCUGACUGAGUGGGCAUUACUGUCAGCUAUGGCAUCUGUGGACGUUUGAUGGAGGCUACGAGCUGCCAGGUAAUGGAUGUCUGGCAGCUAAAGGCAGGAAAUAAUAUAGUCAUUAGUGCAGGCUGUGUUAGAUCUGUUGCAUAUGUUAUUUAAUUGAUGCAAUGAGGAGUCAUGCACUGUUGGAUUUUCUUUGUGCUUAAGCUCUUAAAUCUUUAAUGCUUAGAUUGUUUUUAGCUCACAAAUUAAUUCGUGUUGUGUGCACAGGCCGGCGGUUGUGUCGAACAGCUGUUGUUGAGCUUGUUUAGUAACCUCAUCUCUCUUUAUCAUACAGGAUCUGUACUGUUUGACUCGGUGCAACAGUUGCAAGAAUGUGAGGAAUGUUUUUUUGUGUCUGUCGCUGAAGAGGAGUGUGUUUUGAGCGUGUUUUGAACGGGCAUGCAAGACAGAGCUGCUCUUGUGUAGGGCUCUGCUUUGAGGAAGUUGAUUGGUGCUCAGGGGCUCAGAGAGAUACAAAGGUCAAAGGCCUUUUGACGAGUGGCCAUGCUGUGAGAAUCUGGCUUCCUUUUCCUGUUCAGCACCGUCUGAAAACUGAACUUUAAUAACAUGCGUUUGGAGGAUUAAAUUGUAAUUCCCUCCUGAUGGGCAGAGUUAGCUGCAGACUUAUUAAACCACUUUGAUCAGCGAGUAAUUCCCUUUAUUACGUUUAUUAUGCUGAAGCCUGUGUAUUGACCAACAUGGAUGCCGUCUCAGGAGAGGUUCCUCCUCCCUAACAAGCUUGUUCCUGUUGUCUUAACACUAGGGACCUCUUUCCUUUCAUCACAGCCUGAGGCAUGCUUUUAAAGCCGGAAAUUCAACGUCAAGCGAUGGCGAGUGUCUGGUUUAAUGUAGCAUGAAUCCUGACUGAUUGACCAUAACAAGGACUGACACAGAGAAAAAAGAGAAGUGGAUGGAGCGAUGGCUGGUAUUAACUCUUACCGUUUUGAAUUACACAAACUCUGGGAUCUAAAUGGAUUAAAGUGCAUUUAUGCUCUCCUAGCUGAGGUCAAUUCUCGCCGGACAUCAGUCUAGCUUCUUCAGACUGAACCGCCCUUUGUUCUGCAACACAAACAGCGGCUUUGUUCUGAGUAGUGGUUAUUUCAAGGCUUUUAUUUUCAACCCUGAAGCACCAUAAGAGAUGCUGCUAAAAUCAGUCGCUAAAUCUACCACAUACAGAUGCUUAAACACAAACACGUGACCCGAAAAGCAGCAUCAGAGGCUGAUCUGACAUUUUAAAGCCGUCUGUAUUUCUCACAGCCAUCGGCGCACCAUAUUGUUCCUCCCACUAGCACGAGUCACAGACCAUAUUUCCCUCUGUCCUUAGCUCUGCUUUCCCACUCAAUAUUUCUUCGCCCUCUCUCAACCGCAAAUUCACUGCUCUCUUCAGCGCCCACACACUCUCCAACACACACACCCGCGUGCGUGCACAUGCGUGCGCCUGCAUUGACACAUGAACCUUUGCACCUGCCAGUGCCUCGGCCCACACAGAGUUUCUUUCCUCUGUCCUCUCCUGCUUUCCCUCCACUUUCCUCUCCAGUGUUUUGCCCUCACGAUGUGAAGCUCACAUCAGGAGUAAUACUUCCCCAUGAAGGCACACACUGGACUCUUCUUGGCUCUCUGUAACAAAUAAACAGCAAAGUUGCUGCCUCAGACAAACUUUGUAGACAUUGGCGCUGCACGGAUCUGUGAGAAAAACAAGAAUGUGAGAUUCUCACAUCAGUGUUUAACAUGGCUCGUCAUGGGGCUGAGUGAAAACAAAUUCUGCAUGCUUUUCCACGCUCAGACAUUCCAGCUCCCUCUCCAGAGCUCCAAAACUCUUCAAAUGUGACUUGUACUUGUCCACCGCCCUUUCCCCAUUUCCCCCAUCAGACUUUUAGUGCUUCAAUUUAAAAACAGGCUGUCAAGGGACUCAGAAAAGUGCCUGACAGACUGUGUCUCGUGUUUUUUACUCUCAUCUGGUUGCUUCAUGGAAAAUUCCUCAAACUUUUGUGCGUAUGUGAACUCAUGGGGAUCCCUCUCGCAGCUUAUUCUAUGGAUCUCUUUAAACUUUCCCUCUCCCUUGCACAAAUGCUUGGCAUUGUCAACCUAUCAUUAGCGCUCUCUCUCUCUCUUUCUCUCUCUCCCUCUGGGUCUUUAUCCCUUUUUGAACUUGGCAGCUGCACACUGAGCUGUGGUAUCCCCUUCCUCUGUUGUGAUUUUAGUGAUGUCAAACUUUCUGGAGAGACAUGCUUCCAGGUGGAAACCACUGAUUUGUGAUCAAAUUGAUUAUUACUGCAUCACCUGUUUUCAUGCUUAUUUGCUGCUAUUCUUAAUGGAAUAGCUUCACGACAAACAAACACAUGCACACAUUCAAAAAUGCAUCACAAGAGCACAUUCAGAGCGUUUUCUCUGAAUCAAUCACCUACACUACACUGGAACUGACAUGUUUUGAAUGCAUGCUCAUUUCACAAGGCCAGAUUAUAGCGCAAGAUUCUAAAUUGCAUCUCUAUAGCGCUGACCCACUUUCCUGUAUUUCCCUUUGAAAAUGCAAACAUAGAUACUCCAUUUAAAUAACAGAGCGCCCAAUUAAAUCAGCCGAACUCUUUAGUGCCUGUGGUUCCUGUUUCUUUUCUUGCUUCUUCUCCUGUUACUGUUUUUUUUUUUUUUUGAGGCUCUCUCUGGAGUUUCCAAGCUCAAAAGUACAAAGAGGAAAACAAGCCAGACUCACUUCAACCUCAUGAGACAUUCCCCCUGUAGCUCACCCCUUCAUCUGAAGCUGGAGUUUGAAGUCAGCAAAUCUCAAAUCUGGGUGACCUCACUGUGAGGAGAUAACAUCACUUUAACAUAUCUUCUCAGUGGGGGCAAAGCAAACGGUUUCCAUGGUAAGCAAAACUGUGGACAGAAACACAGCUUAAUCACCACAGUGACUUUCCAUGUGGUGUGCACUGUGCAGGGGUCACCAUGGAGAUGAAGCUGUGUGCAGCCUCACCUGACUCCUGCCAGUUUCAUGAAAGGAGCAGCUUGAGAUGCCCCAGGCUAUAUCCCUGUCUCCUUCCUCGCAUCUCUUUUAUUGUCUUGUCUCUCCGCCUAUUUUUUUACUGCCCCCUCCUUCCCUUUUCUGUGUUAUGUGAUGCUGAAUAAGUGUGCCAGUGCAGGGGUACAGCAAGAGCGCUGGGUUGGCAUCAAAGCUGGGGUAGGAGGGGGUGGUGUGCAUUAUGCAUGGCCUCCUACACAGCUGCAGUGAUCCUCUGCAAACAUACUGAGACGUUAAUGUGUGCAGCUUUAACAUGGCAGACCGGCGUGAUUAGAUACGAGUACACAGGCUCACAAGAAGUGGUGCUAAAGGGUCAGAUGACACACGGAUACUAAACGCUGCAUGUCCACUCACUGUUUAUAUAAACAGGUGAAUGUCAAGAGCACACAGAGGUGUUCACAUCUAAAAUCCACUCAUUAACCUUCCUUCUGUGUUAGCUUUCUCUACGCAUCCACUAUGUUAACGGGUCAGUAAAUCAGCUGUGAAUUGCACUAAAAACAACUCAAUAUCAUCCGAUUUGGUUCUCAUCUCUAGGUUACUGUUUUAGGCUUCAUUAUCCAUGAAAACAUUGCUUGUAAUAUUUUUUGUUGAGGGCCUCUUGACCUUUCUUUGUCAGUAUGCCCCUCAUACAGACAUCCAUACUGAAUUGAUCUCACAUGUCUGGACAUGCCCGAUGUUGUUUUUUGUGCAGAGAAAAACACGGAAAAAUGAGAAUUUCCUAAAUCUUACAUGAUUGGAAGAGUAUCUGACUGUCAGUGCACUUGUGAUUUUAGUUUUUGCACUUAUUAUUAGAUAUUAAUCUAAGCGGGUCAACAGCGACUCUAACACCAUAAGUGCCAUAUUUUAUAAUUUAGUUAAUAAAAUUUUUUUGUUUUUAUUUAGUUGAAAUAGAGGUUGCCAAUAAAGUCAAAAAGUCUUGAUGCAAAAAAGCUAAUUUAAGUGGUUCUAUUAAGCAUUUAAAAACAAAAACGAGUCAGGGCAGACCCUAACACAGGAGGAGGGUUAAAACAAACGAAUGCUUCUCCAUGAGCAUCACCAGCAACUCCACCUGUCCUCUUAAUCCAUGUUUCAAGCUUGAGUCGGCACAUGCAUCCAUCACACCACACCUGUAGACAGCCUCCAGCUCCUGCUUCAGUGGGCUGUCAUUUCUUUUCACAGCUGAUGCAACUCCAGAUGUUCCCCUCAAAAGUAGAAAUGUGACUAACGUGCAGAGGGAGAGAAUGGAGAAGAAACAUUUACAAGAGAAAGAAGUUCUCUUUGUACAAUGAUUCAAAUCCUGGCACCUGCGAAAAUGGAGAUCAAGAUUGUAAAAUGUGCUGAUGUAAAAGGAUCUUCUGAUGAGUUUCUUCUAUCUACUCUAUCUCACUGAGAGAUUUAAUUUGAGUUUCUCCUGCAUAUUUAAGAUACAGAACUGCAGAAUCACACUGAUUGUUUCAUGGAGAAGCACUUUCCUGCGGUGCCGGCUGAAAAAGCUCUGUGUCCCACAUCUCAGCGUGCCUCUGUUUGCAAAAAUCUGCACUCCAUACCUCAAUUUUACAACGUGCAAAUUUCAUUACUCUCCCCCCUCCACCACUGAGCAGCAAAAUUUGGUGCAAAACAAAGGGUUAUGUGUUUCCACAUUAAUGUUUAAAUUCAAUCUCAGACAGCUUUUCCAGAGAACACUCAGCCUGCUUGUUGUCUUGUUGCUAAAGUGGCACAUUGUUCACAGUGACAUACUCAAUGUGUUUUGCUGCUAUGUGAUUAGUAGGGAAUGUGCUGCGGUUAGAUAAAGCAGCUCUUUCCUUGAAACUCCUGAGAUGAGUCUCCUGUCCGUCCCUGCUCUUGUAUGCAUGCAGCGCCCAUGUCUAAUGCAAUCCCUGCUUGACUAAAGACCAGCACCGUGCCAAGUAUGCAGAGGAGUGAUCACAGGUGUGUCACUGCAGCCCAUUCUGCUGCACAACGUGUUUGACAUUCACUAGCAAGGUGAGGGGAUGGAGCUUCUUUGCGGAGUGAAACAGUGAACAAGCUGUUGAGAAAUACUAAGCAGGCAAACCUCUGGGCACACAGGGAGGAAAACACUAAGGAUGUGAAGACAAAUAUGUUAGUGUAACAAGAUUUGGGUUAAUCCCAUUGCAGUUGAUGCCGUCCAAAGAGAUUGUGGACAGUUGAUAAGUGUUUGAUUCCCCACAAGGUCUGUCCAAAACUAUUUAUAAUACACAGCAACAGUUCAGAGGACGGAUUAAAAGGUACUAUCAGACAUCAAUCCAAUACAGACUUAAAUUCCUGGACUAGUGUAUAAAUGUUUGACUUUGUAUCACACCACAAGGAAUACAGCAAAUCAUUUAAUAUCAGAUUUGUUUUCUGUGAUGACUGCUACUCAAAGUCCAGUGGUCUGUACUUGGAGAGAAAAGUCUUUUUACUGUCUGUACUACAUUUUUCACAUGUUGCAGGGGGAUUUCCACGAUGGAGUAUUGGGGCUACGUUGAGAAAAAAAAAAGAAGACUUAAGAGAUUUAAAGUAAUUAAUUUAAGAGAACGAAGUCAUCACUAACGAGAAUAAAGUUGUCAUAAAGUAAUCACUUCCGAGAGUAAAGUCAGAAUAAAGUCCUUAUAUUCUAAUCUGUUGUUUAAGAUGUUGUUGAAAUGAGAGCCGUGGAGCAUUUCGUGAAAAUGUACUCCAAUACAGGUUUCUCAAACAAGGAGAUACUUAAAGGGAUAUUCAGGUGUAAAAUUAAUUUAGGGUCAAACACACCGUAACACCGGGUUUGACAACCCCUCGAGAGAUGAAUGUUGCCGACCGCUUGCUUCUCUAGUUAUACCAACUUUAGUAACGACCACACGAUAGCAAUACACAGCGGUCUGAGGAGCCAUAGACAAACCUUAACCAAAACGCCACUCUAUAGCCACAAAUAAUGCUCAGAACAGUACCUAACUUCAUCAACAGUACUAGCCACCAAAAAUCUUUUUAACUUUGCCUGAUUUCUUUAGCAACAAGACUUAACACAACUCACCUACUCUCUUCCAGCAGCUGCUUGUUUGUAGCGAGACCUCAGGCCAGUCCAUUACAGACUGUUGCUGGGUGACGCAGCUCAAGGAAGACCAUUUAUGAUAAUUUCUUCAUAGAAAUACAAUCAGACUGAGACACUAAGGCAGAAGAACUACUAAGUCUGCAGUGCAAAAUGAUUAAUAUGAUGAUUAUUACUUCGAGGAAAUGACAAAGAAAUGAUCAUAAAUGUUCUUCAUUGAGUUGCAUCAAUAAAUGACUUUAUUCUUGUAAAUUAAUGACUUUAAUCAGGAAGUUUUAAUUUAUUUUUCUUAAUGCGACCCUAACACUCCAGACUCCACUGUUACAUUUUAUCUCUGGCCUUCUGAGGACAGCCUAGGUGCUCCAUGUACAAAACUAAAACAAGCCUUCUGGAGUUAUUACACUCCAGGCCCGACUACCCGAGGAUUUGAAUGUGAGUGAUAUUUAGUGGGAAGUCUUUUGUCUCUUGAUGGCCUUGUGCUGCCGCCGGCUAUGCAAGCAGCCCAUGCUCUUUCCCUGCCACGCAGCACUAUCUCUCUUCUUUAUGACUUUCUCAUUACAGCGGCAUCAAAGUUUAAUGACAAAAUAGCCUGCAUGAAACCUCUCACUUUCCUCUCAGGGGCUGCAUUGUUCACAUUUACAUUAUUACUAGACAAGAAGCAUUAAGAAUGCUAAUGUCACGCGGAUUGCAUAAAAAAAAUAUGUCGCGUGUGCUUGGCUGUGAUGGAAACAGUCGCUUCUGGUAAGGGGAACAACAAGGCUGAGAAAUAAUUACCACAAGAAAAGGAAGCAUCCCCUGAGCUAAGAUUACACUGGUGAGCAUCACUCUUAAUUAGGUAGAUCUUUAGUUAAUGCUUCGCUCCGUCCCCUGCUGCACCUCUCUUUCUCUGUCACACCACUGAAGUUUCUGUCUCUCAGCAAACACUAUUCCCCCAUCUCUUCUUUCCACACUGCUUUCUGAGGCUCAGGCAGAAAUCUCCAGACACAACAUGAACGUGUGAUGCAACAUAUCAAUUUAUUUCUGAGAUGGACGUGACCCCGGAGAGCAUGAUUUUUUGACAAAUAGGGGAGAAAUGAUGGCAGGCUGGAGUAAGAGAUGUCAGCGGAAAUUUUUUGGAUGAGACAGUAACUGGGGCAUGAGGGAUCUUCAACCCAGAAACAAUCCAACUCUUUGAUUAUAUCUUCAUUUUAACCCAUUUUUACUUCCUGAUAACAAAUACAAUCUGAUCGAAAUGAGAGGACUUGUGUAAUACUCUGUAAAUAAUGCUCUCUCUGCACAUUUCUGACCCUGCUGUGUUCGUCUUUGCAGCUUGUAACAAUGUCAAAUCAAGUUUAUUAACACGGCUCGACACUGAUGCGACUACAGCCGCUUCGAAAAACCAAAACAAACCCACGUAGUGUAAAAACGACAGGGCGUGUGUUUGUCCCAUCUGUCUUACUAUGAGUGGUAGCUUGUGUUUUUGUGAACUUGAAGGUGCAUUGCUGAGUGGUGAGUCAUUGUGAUGGCUUCAGCAUACAGACCCACCUCCUCCUGCUCUCUCCAAGGAUUGUGUCGGCUUACUGACUCCAUCUACUGGUUAAAAAUGUAAAAAUCCACUCUGCGCAGACAGGGACGCUCACAAAAGAGAGCAUUCUUCCUCUCAAACAGUCAUCAGCCAUCACAAACAAGUGUUACUCAUUCAUUAUGUCUCACUUGACAACUAUCAAAAACUUAAACACAGCAGACAGUUUGACAGUUUGAGGGAAAUAAUCUGAUGGCACUCCGACCCCGAGAGAAUUGGUUUCUUGUUUUCUCUAGAUUAAAAUCUCUGAUCGCAUAAAAGGGUUUGUCAGUAAUUUUGUGCUUUUAAAUUAGUGUCAAAUUGGAGUAAAUAAGCAGAAUAAAGGCUGGCGUGAAAAAAGACUCAGAGCCUCUUUAAUCACAAGAUGGUGCUGUUGAUUCAAAAGAAAACACCAUCUGCGCUGUGACUCUCACAGAUGACAGAGGUUUUUUUUUCUUCCCGUCUUUCUCUUUUCCCUGUCAGACAUCCCUUUUUAACAAAAUGACUGUCAUCUCUCCAUCAGAUGACCCUUGCGAUUUGAAAGCAGAGUGCAGCCCCACCAUGGACAACGAGAUCACAGCCAAGGAGAGAGGAGUCCUGGAAGAGAACAACGAGAAGGAGGAGAUGGACCAGGAGGGAGCUCAGGAGGAGGAAGGGGAGGAGAAGAAGCUAAAAGAGGAGGAGGGCGAAGGGGAGGAGAAGAGGAGGAAGGAUGAACCGCUGACAGAGGAGCAGGAACUGGAGGAGCUGAGGGCCCAGGUACUGCAGCUGCUGCUGGAGCUGGACGAUGCCAGAGAGACCUCCAACAAGCACCAGGAGGCAUUUCAUGAGUUGCAAGGUGAGACCUGCAGCCGUAGAUGACACUGUCACCACUGCCACUAUUAUUCAUUAUUUAAUGUGUUUAAUCAUUAAUACAUCACAAUCUUUUAUUCAUUAUUUACUCGCAGCUACCUGACCUGAAAUCAAGAUUUAUGUGGUUGAAGGUGAACUCCAUCCAAACACAGUGAAAUCUGACAUCAUGAACCAAGUUUAUUUAUAGGCAAAUACAGAGUCCCGGUGAUAAGGGCAAGUAGGAGAAGGUGCACUCUUCUCUCAAACCUUAUGAGAAAUCAACACAAAUGCUCUCUUCAACUGUAUUUGUAGCCUGAUUAUGUAUAAACCCCUGGAAAAUCCCUGUAGCUCUUUGGGGGGAACUGCACAUUAGCCGUAACUGGAAUCUGCUUUGAUUGCACAGAGGCAGUCAGGGAAUUUCAUUACCAUCUGCACAGUAUGCGGCUUGUUAUUUUACUGCACUCUAAAGUAAAUCACAAGGAUGCAGACAUAUGCAGACCAUAAUCUUAGCUUUACUACAACUGCUUUUGUAAAAUAAAACAAGAAAAAUGGAAAGGGAGCCAAAGAACACCUCCAUAUGUAAGAGAACUGGUCUGUAUGCAUGAAAAUGGUAGGUAUGGAGGGGCCUGUUUUAUUACCUCCGCCAAGGAGGUUAUGUUUUCGGUAGCGUUGGUUUGUUUGUUUUUUUGUCCGUUAGCAACUUUAUGGAGAAAGUAACAGACGGAUUGACCUGAAAUUUUCACCAGAGGUGCGUCUCAGCCCCAGGAGGAUCUCAUUAAAUUUUGGAUACUGUGAUCCAGAACACACAAAAAUAAGGGUGUCGUUGGAAUUUUCAAUGCUGAAAGAUAACCAAUGGGCGGCACAGUGGUGUAGAUAGGCAGCACAGUGGUGUAGAUAGGCAGCACAGUGGUGUAGUGGUUGGCACUGUUGCCUCACAACCAGAAGGUCCUGGGUUUGAAUCCUGGUCAGGGUAUCUCUUGUUUUAGGAACAUUAUGAACAGUGAACAUAACAGUUUAAACACAAAUAAAAGUUAAUAAAAGACACGUAACAGUAAAAGUUUUGGUGUGAAUCACAAUAUAAGGGGGGACAUGAGCUGCUUGACGGAGGUCUGCGCUCUCCGAGUGUUUUUCUAGUUUGAAAAGCGAUAGUUGAAAUUUGGUACAAAAGAGUCCUUUUUAUAAAUCAGCACUACAGCUGUAAUCUCCUAAAAAGAUGGAGCGGGGGAAAACCUGAAACCUGAUUAAUAGAUGUCCUCCUCUGGGUGGAGAGCCUCAAAUUCUGUUGUAAUGAUGCACUGAUUUGAUUAAGUUUGUGAUUUGUAAUAAAGUGGGCUCAGUUUACAAUCAUUUCACCAUUUCUCAGCCAAUCAAAAACUAAAAAAUCAUUAGAGCCUUAGAUCUAAAGAGAUCAGACCAAACUCCAAGGUCAAACAUCCAAUUUGAUCACGAGCAAAAGUUUGAUUGACCUUUUCGCUGCUUACUAAGUUAGCCAGAAUUCAAGCCUUUGCCAUUAAAUUAUUAUAGAGCAACAUUAGCGAAUUUCAAAAGAUUAUAUGAGCAGUUAUUUGAUUUCUAAAAUGUAUUAAGGCCAGCUGCUUUACAAUUUUCUCUGUUUGUGCCUUUCCAGUUGUAGGUCUAGCUGGAAAUCUGGAAGCAAUUCAACAACAAUGAUUUGUCACAGAACUCUGUGUCUAAAAUGGCUGCUGUAUGAAUACAGUGUAGUUAAGGCCAACAAAACAUCGAGGACACAAUGUGGAAACAAUUCCAAAAUGACAAAUAGAGGGGAAAACUAAAAAUGGCUGAAUAUGUCCAAAUAAAUCUCAACUCUCUCAUGAAUUUUCUGUCAUUUUUAGUCCCUCUCCAUGAAUCAGUUUGAUUUAAACAGUACGAUGACAUGUUUUUAGUGAACUUUUCAGGAGAUCUCCACCUACACUAUGACAAGUCAAAGGUAAAAGCAUUAAAAACUUCGCUCCUCUGUGCUGGCCAACAUUUCCAUCGGCUUUAAACACAUCCACAAGAUAAACUCCCCCUAUCCUCAACCUAGACUGCCUAACUUUUCGCCUGAGACACCCCCGUCUAUCACAAUCGAGUUGAACAUGUAGAAGCAUAAAUGUUUAUGUGCAGUCACUGACACGGUCAGGUCCUCAUAGCUGCUAAAUGGAGCAUCACAUCAUACCUUAGAAAUGAUGAGCUUAACGUUCAGGGACAGUGGCAAUGAGUAAGACCUUGGGUAUGUGGCUUCAGUGAGCUCAUUGUGUGUGUGUGUGUGUGUGAGUGCGUGAGUAUUUAUGAGUGUGUGUAUAACAGAGUGUCAUACUCGAAGACUCGGUGGGGUGAGCUCAGUUGUUUGUCUGGCAGUGGCAGGGGCAUUCCUCAGACUGCUGCACACAUGCUGGGGGAAGCUUCUAGAGCGAGUGUCCUAUAGACAACUAGAAAUCACGACUGGUAAACCUCCCAUUGGGAUGAGUCAGCUGUUCACGCUGCUGACAGCUGUUAGGGGGUGGAGGGGGCGGGGGUCCUGUGAGUACAUGGACAGGAGGUGAUGUAAUAUCAGUUGAAAGUAAAAAUAAAGGGUAUCUAUGACACCAGGAUGUACUUUUGCAAUAUGUUGGGGAGUGUGACUAAAACUUAUAAAGCAGCAGAACAUUUCUGAGAAGGGGAAAUGAAAAAUACCGGGAUGGAUAUGUUAUGAACCGGGUGGCCGAUAAGAUGUUAGAUCCAGGCAAACUACUAUGAAGCAAUAUUUUCUGAUAGUAGCUUCUAUAGUUGUAUCUUCUCAGAUUGAUACUGUAGUUUGCCACAACAUUUCUGCUCAUGAACUGAUGUGAUUAAAGUAAAUGGACAUUUGGUUUAGGGAAAGCACCGAUAAACUGUAUAUUCAGAUAUUAAAAAGUGACAUUUUCUCCCUCUUUCUGGUCUUUCUCCAUUAAAAUAGUUAAUAGGAUCUUAAAGGUCAUUUAAUCAAGACUAAGAGUAUAAAAUCAGGCUUUAGACUUUUUGGGACCUCUCUACCCGCUGACCUUUUUUUGGUCUAAAAGAGGUCUAAUAGACGUCUAAAUGUAGCCUAGACGACUGGUCUGAAAUCAGGCCACCACAGGUCUAAAAAUGAAAAUUUUUUAGACGUCUAGAUUUAGACCAAGUCUAAAUCUGGGCUGUAUCUAUACUACACUGUAUCUUGCUCAACAGCUAUCAUAACUCAAAGUUGCUUUUUGAAAUAAAUAGUUAUCAAAUAUUGGGUUAAAGUGCAACGUCUAAAUUCUGUCUAAAAAUAUAGAGAAUCUAGACGGCUGACGGUUAGGUCUAAAAUAAAAACUAGAUGUCUAAUAGUCGUCUAUUGCUCAGUGGGUAGAGCUAAAAGCUGGAGUGAGAGAGUUUGCAUGUUCAAACGGGGUCACCUUGAAUUUCACUAAACUAUAAACUAUCUUCAGGCGUUGACUGUUUUAUCGAGCUUGUGUUUUUUAAAGGUUAAAAAUAGCAGGAUAUUUACUAGGGUGUGAUUUCAAUACAUAAGGCCUGGAGACUUAUUUAGAAAUUAUUAGACUUAUUAGAAAUAUGAACAAGGGAUCCAACAAUCUGUGAAAACCCUUGCAGAGGUUGUAUUGUAUUGUACAGGAAGAGAAUAACAAGCACGAUGCUAACAUUGGACAGUGCAGGUAAAUUCUCUACAUUGUUCUUUGUAAGAUUGAACACAAAAUACAGCUCAGGCUAAGGUUCAUGUUUGUAUUUUUAUCAGGUGCUGGGUCAUAGAGUAUUGACUAUUUACAGCCUUGACCUUAUGGUGGCACUAGAAGAAUAAAUGUUUGUUCAUAACAUUUCAAAACACUUUCUUCAAAUAGCAGCUAUUCCAUCUCUGGAGGAAAUCUGCUUUUUUGUUGUAGUUAAAUCACAUGCAAAUAUUGACUGAGACAAACCUGCAGAUUCUCAAAUGAAAGCAGAAGGAAAUAGCCGACAAUCAAACACAAUGAUGAAGCAAACAAAAUCAUACGCUCCCUCCCUUCAAAUGCACUAAAAAGUUAUUUCAAUAAAGGAGAGACUAAAUGAUGGCUUAUAAAUGAAAACCUAAGAGAUGCAGCGCUGACAAAUCUUCAACUAAUCCUGUCUCUUUUCACUCGGUCAUGUCUCAAGGUUGAACAGCUUAUCAUGUUGUCAUCUUUUCAACAGCCUGCUGAAGUGACAUUUUCGCUCUUAUCUCUCUACCCAUUCCCCCUGUCCUCGCUCUCCCUCACCUCUGCCCUCCAUCAGGUCUGUUGGAGGACGAGCGUCUGGCCAGUGCACAUCAGGCUGAAGCCUUCACACGCCAGAUUCAGAAUCUACAAGGUAUUGGCGUUAGGAAACACUAAAAAACAAACAAACUAGAAAUCAGUAAAGAAUAGUUAAUUAAAAACAAAUACUGCAUAUUACAGUUUGUUUGUUUCUCAAUGUGAUUUCACUGUGUAAGCUGACAGUGAGGAGAACUUUAUGAACAUAUAGAACAACAAAGUAUUAUUGUAUGUCAGUGUAAGGAUUUCUAUUGUUCCAUUUUUAUUUCUCUUUAAGAGUUUAAGGGAUGAAAUUAGCUGAAAUAUUUUUGAGUGUAUACAAUCAUUUGGCUUAUUGAUUUUAAGGCAUUAUCUUUUUGGUGAUAAACUUUUUGUUAUAUGUAACAGAAACUCAACAGCUACCAUCCAGAUAUGGGGUUAAUUAUAGGGGGUGAAUUAAACCUGAAACCUGAAAAUCUGUAUAUAAGGGUAAAAGAAAUUAAAGUAAAAGAUUUACAAAGAAAAAAAGGUAACACUUUAUUUGACGCCUAUCUCUAUAACACAUUAUGAAUGUAUGUAUAAUGCGUUAUAAUCACAUUAUAGCUCUGUAUAACUAUAGUUAACACUCAUAAAUGAUCAUAAUGCUUUAUAGCAAUAAUCAUAACAUAUUAUAAAGCAUUUCAUCAUGACUUACAAGGUCAGGUAUUAUAAUGUGUUAUAACUGUUAACAACAGUUGUAUUGCAUUAUCUAUGUGGGCAUUAUCAAUGAGUUGUUAACAGUUGUAACACAUUAUAAUACCUGACCUUGUAAGACAUGAUGAAAUGAUUUAUAAUGUGUUAUGAUUGUUGCUAUAAAGCAUUAUGAUCAUUUAUGAGUGUUUAUAACUAUAGUCAUACAGUGCUUUAAACGUGAUUAUAACACAUUAUACAUUUACUUAUAAUGCAUUAUAGAGAUAGGCAUCAAGUAAAGUGUUACCGAAAAAAAAAAAAAAGCAAAAAGAAAGACCUGUAGUCCAUGUGAGACGUUUAAGUAUUUUUAGGGAUAUAAAAUAUUUCCCCAUCUGUGCGAGGCUGAAGUCUGACAAGGUUUUAUUUCCUCGAAUCCUGAAUUAACUAAGCUAAUAAUCUGAAUGUGACCCUGAAAAAAGUCUGUUACAAUCGGUUUCAUCAGCUCCACUUUAAACAGUUCCUACACAUACACACACCCACUCACAUGCACAUAUAUGCAAACACAUGCACGUGCAAGAACACAGCCACACACACAUAAAGAACACACCCACACACAUAAACAAAAGGAUUCCCAUGUGAUACUACCUGUGGCUCAACCUCAGGUAAUAUCAUUUACACACAAACACAAGCAUGUAAAAGUAUAUACACCCAGGCUGAUGCUGUAGACUAGCCCACACAUACCUUUAACCUCCUCCUCCUUUCCCACAGCCCAGCUUCGCUCAGUGCAGGAGGAGAUGGACAGCCUUGAGGAGGAGAAGGAGAGCGAGCUGGCGGAGGCUCAGGAGGAGCUGCGUGUUGCCCAGGAGGAGGUGCUCCUGCUCCAACAAGCUGCGGAGGAGGCGGCCGCAGAAAGGGAGAACGACAUCGCCUCGCUGCAGGAGGAGCUCUGUCGCCGGCGGGCCGAGCUGCAGCGCCUGAGCGAGGAGACACAGGAGUACGAGUUGGAGAUUACCACUCUGAGGGCAGAAAUCAGCAUGAAGAGUCAGAGGAGGGAGGCCGAGAGGAGAGAGGGUGAGGAGCUUGGAGAGGAGAGAUAAAUGUGGUAAUUAAGGAAAAAAAACACAAAAGGGACAGAUAUAUAUAAACACCAGAGAAGAAUGAAAGAAAGAACAAGUGUGUGGGUGUUUUACAAGCUCUACUUAAAGUACAGAAAAGUUAAAAUACAAUAAGUCAUGGUUUUACGCCUCAUCUUCACACACUCGUAAACACAGAAAGAAAAAUACCUAUAAUCCUUGUUUUCACUGUGAAAGUAACACAACUUACUAGUUGCACAAACGGGCCAGGAUCAGUAUCCAUGGCUGAUGUUGUGAAAACACAGCAUGGUGUUCUGAUUAUCCCAUGCUCACAUCAGGUUAGCGUCACGCAGUCAAGUACACAAAUCAUUUGUUGGGGUUUAAUAAAUAUUGCAGAUUACAAAUGAGCUCGCUGAGCACCACAAGGGAAAGGGUGUGUGUUUCAGCGUAUGUAAGUGUGUUUGUGCGUGUGCAUUGAGGAUACCAGGCAGAUGAAGUCAUGAGGAGGAGGGACACACAUGAUGUCACCACUGGCCUCUGCAGCUGAGUCUGGGGUGGGACUGAGGAAAGAGAGGCCGUAUUAUCUCAGUGUGGUGCUCUUUCCUGAAAAACAUCAUCCAAAAUCGAAUUUGAAUAGAAAUGCAGUUGAUGCAUUUAGCUUGAGUGUAGACGUUAAUGUGACACUUUGAGAAACAAGCUAACAGCUCGUGUGGUGUCUCUUGAACACAAACCAAUUCAGAUAUUGGAUCAUGUCACUCUCAAAUAAGAACAUAAAAACUAGAGCUGGAAGAAACACAAAACAAUAAAAGUUAAUGGAUGAGGAUUUUAAUAAAGCACAAUGCAGAGCUCUACUGAAAUGAUAUUACUGUCGUUUCCCUCGACAUAAAGUAACUAAAAAGGAAGAGAGAUGGGGGAAAAAAACAAACAAACAAACAAACAAACAAACAAACAAACAAGUAAAUAAAAUCAAAAGCUUGAUUUUUUUUGUUGAUAAACAAGAUGAUAUCUUUAGAGCCCAGAGUUAAUUUCUAUUAGCUAUAUUUUUAAUAGUUAGCCUAGACCUGUCACUUUUCAAAAAUCCAGCAACGAUAAGCACAGCUAACGUCGUUCGAGUUACCUCGGAAGUCAGAAUUCCGAGCUGAAAAUGACGUCACGCCUGAGUUCCCAGCAUUUCGGUUACCAAGUUGGACUGAAUACAGUCCGAUAACUGAUAAAAAAGUCCUCUUAUGGUUUAUCAGUUUCCAAAAACAUCUAAUGUAUCAAACAAGAUAAAUAAAUAUAUUUGUUAUAUUUUAAGGACAUUUUGAUUUUUUUGGUUUUCAGUAGUAAGUGAAAUAAACACUUCGGCUCCAAAAAAAUUUGAAUUUUCUGGCCAUAAUUUGUGGUUUCAGGCCUUAAAGGGAUAUGUCAUACUUAUACUUACUGUGUGAAUUGGUUGCCCAUGCAUUGAAGCUGUAUGACAAAUCUGAACUGCAGUAACUUAUUACCUUAUUUGUUUGCUCAGGUGACGUGGACCUGCUGAAGGAGGAGUGUCGUAUGCUGAAGGAGGAGUGCCAGACCCUGAAGGAGGAAAACCAACGCAUCUCUGAAAGGCUGCAGCUGCUGCAGAGACAGAGGACAUGGUGAGAGGUCAAUGACAACUCACUCAUCAGCUGGGCUUACCGGAUCAGCUGAGGGGACACCCUCAGGAAUACUCCCCGUCGUCAGAGCCAUCCACAUCAUGUCUCAUUACCAACAGUCUGACCACCUGUUCAGUCUCGGCAGUCAAAUUGUGAUAUCAUACGAGGGGAUUAUGUUUAAGUGCUGCAAUUAUAAGCUUCCUGAUUGAUCAGCACAUUGACGGAAAAAUUAAUCAACGACAAUUCUUAGAUUUAUAUUUCAAUCCUUGAUUUAAAAACAAUCCAUCCUCAAGAGCUGCCGAGGAGCUGGUCUGUGCAUCACACAUGCUCCUCCUCAGCAGAUGGAUAUCUGGACAUCCUCCAUCUGUGGACGAGAGUUUUGGGGAUCAAAAGAAAACAAAUGUUAUUUAUAGCAGUGCUCAAAUAGAAGUUACACAGCACUUUAUGGGAAGAAUAAAAGAACGGCUAAAAUUACCACCCUCUUGACCUGUCAAUUCACAGUUUACAUUUCACAACUGUUUUCCACAGAAUGAUUUUGUAACAUAAACCAGGGAGGGGGACCCCAAGGGGAGAGGCCACAGUUACAGUGUCGUUGGUGACAAGGAUUUAAAUAAACAAAUGAUUUAGUUAGGCUGACCUUUAAUCCUUUGCGUAAAACAACCUGAAUGAUUAAAAAUUUUGUUCUUCUCGACAUUUGUGUAAAACAUAACAUAAACCCCUGCGACAUAGCCUUGUGUUUCUUUGAGAGAUUGCAGUCACCUUUGAACUUCAAGCUUAUAAAUCUCAUAAAUUCUCCUCCUUGAGUCUGAGUGACUUCCUUCCACCAUAUCUGAAUAUGUUCCCUUGUGUUGAAGAGACGUUUUCAUGGAGGGAGGCAUUAAAAUGGAAAUAGAAGAGACGGAGGAGAUAAUAAAUUCAGGAAAUUAAUCCAUAAAUACAGAGUCAUAAAUCAAGAAAAGACCACAGAAAAAAAAAAUGACAGUGCUUAUUAAAGAUGUGAACUGGUUUGGCCUGUUUUAAGACAGUUUCAGGGAUGAGAAGGAAAACCAUUAUAAGUACAAACUUGGCAUCUUAUGAAUACUGUUAUGAGGUUCAUUUGAGUUUGAACUUGUGGUCGGGGAAAACUGGAAAAAAAAAAAGUAUUAUACACAAAACAGGUCAUGAACCCAAGAGAUAACAUGGUGUUUAAUCACUUCUCAGACUUUGUUCUGGGCGUUAUUAAAUCUUAUUUUAUUUAAAUCUACUCCGAGCAAAAGAAAUGGCCGCUCUUGUUAUCAUAUAAAACAGCGAGAAUACAUAUUUUUAGCCUUUUCCUACAAAAAUGACAAUCCUAUUCAAAGCCAAUUUUGGAGCUUUUAGUGGAUAUUUCAGGUGAAGCUGACAGAGUGUUAUAUUCUCCAUUGUUGCUCUUUUCGGCCAGCUCUAGUGUGUACCUGUCACUGAAGGAGGAGGAUGCAGGGGAGGGUACAGAGACCGGCUCCGAUGAGGUCAUGACGGAGAGCUACAUGACCAUGGCCCAGUCUGAGAACUGUCGCCUGGUGGACGCCUCCAUCCAGAAAAAUAUUUCAUUCGACGGAAAGCCUGUGACACCGACUGGCUGGAACGGAGGCAUCGGGGAGAUCUUUUCCCUGAGGGACCAGCUUAAGCAGGCGGAAGAGAAGGCUUCACAGGUCCAGAGAGAGGUAUGAUGCAUUUGUGAGGAAAUUUGAGCAAAACAGACAGAUUUGGGGCAACUAUUCUGAGCAUGAUGAUUUCUAUAAAAAGAAAAAUAAAACACUGCAUAAAACCUUAAAUUUUGCCCUGUGUCCUAAAGUGUGAUGGUCUGAAGAUGGAGCUGCAGGAGCUGCAGGUUCUUUAUGACACCAGCCAGAAGGAGAGAGCAGAGCUGGAGGAGGAACUGCAGCGCUGCAAGGCAGAGCUGCAGAAGCUGUCAGAGGGGGGGCAGGUAAGGAGAGGACCAAGAAAAAACCUUAUUAAAGACAGCACAAAUCAUAUGAAACAAAAUUAAAUAAUGAUAAACAAAAUGUAAAGAAUAAUUAAGUUUCAAGGUAAGCAUUGUUUUCUUUUUAUCCUAUUUACUUAUGAACAUAUCCUAAGAGUAUGUCUUUAUUUCCAGCCAGGUUUUCAACAUGAUGAAAAAAAUACGAUGCUUUUUCUCUGAAACCACACUGUCAACUAACACAUAACACACGUCACUCACAUCACACCUACUGUACCCUGUGUGUGUUGAGCCCUCUAUUUAUGUGUCUCAUGCUGUAGCGGUGUAUGUUUGGAUAUGAGCUGACCUGGCCUGUCAGUCCAUAUCAGUAUUUAUGGUGUUCUUUAGGCUGGGGAACCCCCCUCCCCCCACUGUGUCUGUGUUCUUACACUUCUGUGACAGCCCUGCUUUACUGCUGUCAGUGGACCAAAUCCUAAAAACCUAAAAGCCUUUAGAAAGUAUGUUUAUUUUAUUCCCAAAUCCUAUGCAGGUGUCUGAUAUUGUUUAAGAAAAAAAAGAUUAUAAUGUGCUUGAAGGCGGGGUAGGCAGGAUUUCGUGAAAGAAGCGUCUUUUUUGUGGUGUAUAUACAAAAAAGCUUUUAAUAUCAGUCAAUAGCUAAAAGUUAUUGAUGACAUUUAGGGAUAUCACGAUAUCGCUUUGGUUUGUUAUGUCUGUGUAGUCGACAUUUUAAAUUUUUUGAGCGGCCUGCUCUUUCUGACUGUAAACAAAGACAUUCUGCGCCUCCCCAAACCUGAUUGGUUGUGAGGCAGAUGCUGCUCCCCCAUGUCGUUCACGAGCCCAAACAAAGUUAGUGUUCUACGAUAUCAGACAGUAGAAACCAACCAGAAAGUACAGAAAAUUGGCUGAAUCCUCCUUUGGCCACGACUGCCAACACAAGCAAGAAAAGGAAGUAAAUAUCGGAGACUCUGGCAGAACAAGGGGUGCUUAAGAUGGAGGUAGACCGGACAAGAGCUAAGAAGCUGGGUCAACAUCAGCAUAAAUGAUGGGGGACACUUCGGGGUCUUACUGUCCCUGUAAUCUUUCUGCUGGACAACAAAGUAAGCCAAGUGUCUGUAACAGAAGUUUUUCUUGUCAAACGGGACCUGCUGCAUGUUGUAGUGCCACUAAUCUGUUUACCUCGGGUCCUGGAGUAUGUCACUUUAUCCUAGUUGUAGAAGUCCUGCAAACAUUGUGUUUGCUGGUAGUCUGUUGUCAUCUACAGUAGCACCAGUGCUUUUUAUUUUCACGUUGACUGGGCCCCAUUUGUAAUCAUCUGAAGUAUUUAUUUGCAUUAUAUCUAAAUUGUAUUGGAACUCAUCUGUUUGUGGGCGGGGCUUGCUAGAGCAGAGAGGGUGGGAAGAGGAGGAGCUGAGGGGAAAAAAUGGUUGGAGGGGUAGAGUUUACAUUCAAGAUUUCUCCCAAAAACUGGCACUUCCUCAGAUCCUGCCUACCCCACCUUUAAGUUUUGACUAUUUCUCUAUAUGUUAAAGAUGGUAUCAGGAUUAGUUUUAAGAAAUUCCCUCUGUAAAGUAAACUGCAUCGAAGUUCAGCUGCAGCGACAGCACCAAAGUCAUUCUCUUCUUUCCGAUGACUCUAAGUGCCUCUUGGUAGUCCGUCAGGUGUUUGAGUGUAACAGCGUGGCACUUCAAUGAACGCAGCAUAAGACAUCUGUGAUUUCAAAUCGAGCUCUGUCGGGAUGAUGUACUUCUGUUGAGCAUCAGGAAGUUAGCCUCAUGCCGUUUCCCUCAAUAAAAAGCCAAUGUGGCUCGUAAAAGUUUAUGACACCUGCACAAUUUGUUCGGCAAGAUAAUCUUCACAAAUGAACACGAGUUCUAUGAUUCUUGAACUGUUGAUGUAAUCACCACAAGUGUAAUAUUAACAUAAGGCUAUAAAUGUAAUCAACCUAGCUUGCUGGAAAAAUAUGACACUAUCUGAAAUGCAAGAAGAGCUUAUUCUCUCCAACUCAAUAAUUUUCAAGGCUCUAUUAAUCAUUUUUUGUAAGGAAUGGAUGCCAAUGUCUCACUUUCAAAUCCAAACUUUCUUAAAUCGUAUGAAAGCCCAACACAGCACUAUAUGUUUCCUUGUUUGAUGUAGUUUAACCUCUGUGUUUGUUCGGUUAUAGCCAUAACAAGCUGUCUCUGCGUUGUGUCAAACUGUCUGCCCGUGCCUGUCUCUUGAUGCUGUCCUUGUUCUCUGAAUGUCCAUGACCUCUCAGCCUGUACGAUGACAAAUUUAGAGAAAUAUUCAAAUAAGUGGACAACAAAGUGAGGAUAGAGAGACAAGCAUACCGCCAUAUGCUUGUCGCAACAUUCAUGCUGUACGUCUUUCUUUAUUUGUCGCCACAACAUUGCACGCAGGCAGUAAAUGCCUCACAGGACCGCUCACACAUACUCACAUUGAGUUGAUGUGGAUGUCACCAUAAAGUUAUGCAUUCUUUGUUUGAUAGGAGGUAUAAAUCUCUCCAUCGUGACCCCACCCUUUUACUUCACAGCCAUGUCCUACUGUUAUUUAGCAUGUUGUAUCGGUGGUCCAUUUGUGAUGUCGUCACGCCAUUGUUUAUCUCUGUCUUUAUUAUUUGGAUACCCCAGUCCAUCCAUUCAUUCAUUCCCUUCCUCCCCAUUGUCCUUGUGUUUGUUUUUUUAUUUCCUCCUCAGAGAUUCAUCCAUUCGUCUGAGCACCCUGUUCUCUCCAUCCCCUUCAUAGGAAUGAUUGUAAUAGUGGCUGUGGUCUGGUGCUGGUUGUCGGAGCUGGCGUCCCAGAGGGCAAGGUAUGAGAGGAACUUAUCUCUAUCUGAUGUGUGAUGCUGAAUAUGGUUCUUACACACAGAUCGAAGAGUUGAUUUACCCAAAUAGCACAAGAAGACCAUAGUGUACAAUCUCACAUUUAUGUCAUGCUAUGCAGAGGCUUUAUGCUUUAAGUGUUAAGAUUUUAGUGAAGAAUGCUGUAAUACUUCAGUUUAACAGGGGAUUAAUGUUUGGCCCUGUCUGCUUUGGAUAAUGCAAAAAGACUAUUGAAUGCGUUCAUCAAGAUUUGGUCAGCAUAGUCCUAUUUUUUUUUAUUCUGGGGAUUUUCCAGAUUAAUCAGGGCAUGUGGAUGAUGAGUACAUUUUAAACUUAUUUUUCAUCAGAGCAUUGGCAGAGAUAUACAAGAAGCUGGGUAUUUCAACUGCAUGGCAUGAUAAAUAAGCAAGUAAGAGUUAUUGUAAAAAUAUACAGUUAUUUGGGUGAACUGACCGUUUAAUAAUAAUAAUAAUAAUAAUAAUAAUAAUAAAACAAUGCUCAAGAAUUCUUAAGCAUGAAGCUGUUAUGGGAGGCUUUAUAAAAGAAAUGCAAAGUUUUCCUGGAAAAAUCUCCAGUGAAAGAAGUUAAACAACAAUGUCAAACAUUCAUGAAAGGUGGACGUCGGGCGGGUGGGCAGUUUGGCAAAUUACAGCUAAAUAUUUAAUGAAAUGGCACUGAAUAAAUCAUUCAUAGAAUAGUUGAACAUUUUGAGCCACUUACUGUAUGGCUUUCUUGCCUUGAGUUUAAUAAGAAGACUAAUAUCAACCUUGUGUUUUUACAUCAGCUAUAAAGUUAAAGCUGGGACACAGCUAACUAAGCAAGUUCAGAAGAAAUACUGCAGAUGUAAACAGUUAGAAUUUGCUCUGUUUGAAAUAAAACAUAAUCCCCAGACUAUUUAAGGGUCAGCUUUUAACAUUCAAGUAGUUAAUCACGUUUAGAGACAAUAUUAAUAAACUGAAAAGUAGUGGACUCAUGGUGAGCGCAGACAAGCUAACUUUUAGCUUGGUUCUGUCACUUAUUGUUUGAUGUCACCAUGAGCAGCAGAGACAGUAACUAAGAGCUGGAUGGGCAAAUUAAUAGCUGUUUAAUAAGAAGUGUUGACAAUAUAUAGAAACCCUCAUUGUUCUAUGCUUUCACUGAUAAAAGACGGUAUAUCAUGCUAAUUAGAGAAUUUAGGGGUUCUAACAGGAGUGAAUGUGUUUCUGAAUUCUGUACCAGGCUAGGCUAGCUGGUAAUCCUCACUUAAGUUUUAUUGCAGGCUUUUUCAAAAGCUCCUGGCUUUAGGGUCCGUGUAUUAUCCGCCCAUUUAAUUAUUCCAUUCAGUCUAGAGACGGAAAACUAAAAACGAGUCAAUAUUUUGUUUUGUUUUUUUAUUUAACCAAAAAAAAAAAGAUUAGUGUUUGUUUCAUAUUUUCAGUUCAAAACAGAAUAUAUUAUAGAGAUGGAAACGAAAACAAAAUAAUAAAUCUACUUUUCGUUUUUGGGUUAUUGAUGUCCCCAUUUCCCACGGUGCCUUUCUACUGUUCCCGCAUGUGCAUGGUGCAACAAAGUAGCCAUCAACGUGUACCAAAAACUCAAGACCAGAGCAGUAAAGAAAGGCUAACCUGCUGUCAUGGCGAUGGACGCAUCCUACGUAUUAUUCAAAGUCGCCAGGAGGGUCACGCUGAAGGAGGAAGAUAUGACUGUAGAAAAAAUUACAACCAGAGUUCUGUUACAACGUAAGAUUUUGGCACUCAAACCGCUCUGUCGCAUCUUUCGCCAUGGUAACUGUCGCUGAGGAUCGUGGGAAGGCCAAUGUAGUCUCCAUGCACGUAUGCUUAAAACAGGCGCACUCGAAAUCAAUAAUUGUAAAUAAGACUUAUUUUGUUUUUGUUUCCUUCUCUAUUAUAUAUUCUGUUUGGAGCUGAAAAUACACAAACACUAAUUUUUUUAUUUGUUGGUUAUACAGAAAAACAAGUAAACAAAAUAUUGACUCAUUUUCUCAUUUACUAGAUUGAAAGGAAUAAUUGAAUAGACGGAUAAUACAUGGACCCUUUAGUAGCAUACUCUCAUUUAUAACAAAUUUCCUUAUUUCCUUAUUCCCCAGUCCUAGAUAUAACAAAAUAAAAAGCUGUUUCUCUCUGGCUGCUGCUUGGCCUCCACUGGUCCUUAACACUAAUGUUUUCCUGUCUUCCUUCAGGGGAGUGAGGUAGGUUGGAACUCCAUUUUGACUAUCACUGCAGCCACAGCGGUGCUGCUGAUGAUGACUAGCUUGUUGAGAGCCUUCAUCAGAUGUUGA